AUGUUCCCCGUGUUACCAACCAGCGGCAAGGACACUCAGAUUGAUCAUGCCGCACAAAUUACCCAAGCUGCUGUAGACUUCUACCUAAAAAUUAUCAGGAACGAAAUUCCUCAGGAUAUGGCUGGCAAGACGCCGUUUGAUAUGAGCCAGUACAAGUUUAUGUAUGGUACAACUCGUAUUCCACGGAAAGAAUGCGACGAGUGGAUGUUUUCUUCUUGGAUAUUUAGUCCUCAAAGAUCACAUAUCAAUGUUUUCAAAAAUCAGUUUGUUCAGAUUUUUUCAAUGCCUGUACUGAAUGCGGCCGGUCAGCCGCUGCCAUUAUCAGCGCUCUCCGGGCUUUUCAAUGACGUUAUCAAACAAAGUCGCGAAAGACAACCGCAUGCUAUCGGCAUUGUUUCAUCGGAUAAGCGUGAUCGUUGGGCAGAGAUCUACGAGCAACUCGAAGGUACGCUCUGCAUGAGAUUUUUCGACGAAAUUCACUUUACAUUAAUAAAUGAAAUCCCUACGAACUCGUCACAUCUUUCAACAAUCGAAGAUGCAUUGUUUGUUGUAUGUCUCGAUCAGGAAUCCGAACCUGAGAAAGGCUACAGCGAGAAAGAUGAGCAGGCUAGACAGGCGAGUUUUUGGAAAUGCGACAAAAUCGUGGUUGUAUAG